AUGGUCUUGCCCCCCACUCCUCGGAACUUCUACACCCUUAUAUCCCUCGCCUCUCAGCUGGCUACGUGGGACUCUGUUCACGGCCUCAACGGCAGUCUGAAGGAGAGUCGCAUAGAGAACGGCAUGCAGGGAGUCACGGUCAAAGUGGUCACUUUACUGGAGGAUCCUUUCGUCAUGGUGGCGGAGAACAUCUUGGGGCAGCCAAAGAGAUAUAAAGGAUUCUCCAUCGACGUCCUGGACGCCCUCGCCAAAAUCCUGGGCUUCAAAUAUGAGAUCUACCAGGUGGCAGACAGUAAAUAUGGAUCUCAACUUCCCAACGGCUCGUGGAACGGCAUGAUUGGUGAUCUCAUCAACAAGAGAGCCGACCUGGCGGUGUCGGCCAUCACCAUCACACCGGAGAGGGAGAACGUGGUCGACUUCAGCAAGCGCUACCUGGACUACAGCGUUGGCAUCCUGCUGCGAAAACCCGAAGAAAAGAUCAACAUCUUCUCUCUGUUCGCGCCCUUCGACCUCGCCGUUUGGGCCUGUAUCGCCGCGGCCAUUCCCGUGGUCGGAGUGCUCAUCUUCCUGCUCAACAGGCUGCAGGCGCUGCGCUCCUCCGCUACCCAGAAUGCACCGCCAGGACCGCCCACCAAUGGCGGCGUGGGCCCGGGCUCUCUGAACAGCGCCAUCUGGAUUGUUUACGGAGCGUUCGUGCAUCAAGGUUUGAUUCCUGUAGCAGUCAUGGGUCUCAUUAAGCUGCUGAGAAACUGA